AUGAGUGCAGCAGCAAAUGGGGUGGCGGCUGUGGGGCCCCCCCCGGAGGCCCUUGACCGCAGCAGCAGCAGCAGCAGCAGCAGCAGCAGCAGCAGCAGCAGCAGCGGCAGCUGCAGCAGGGACUGCUUCGCAGAGGCCCCACCUACAGAGCCCGCCUUCAUCUCCUCUUUAGCCACAGUGCUCGAGCACCUGGUCUCCUCAGCAGCAGCAAACAGCGGGGGCGGGACCACGGCGUUUCACGGUGUAUGUACACCCGGGAUCUCGGUGUCUGCCUACCUGCAGCGGCUGCUGCGGUACUUCGGCUGCAGCAACGAGUGCUUCGUGCUGGCCCUGGUGUACAUCGACCGUUUGCUGCAGCAGCACAGCAGCAGCAGCAGCAGCAGCAGCAGCAGCAGCAGCUUUUGCCUCUCGCCGCUGAACGUCCACCGGCUGCUGCUUGCUGCUGUUGCUGUUGCUGCUAAGUUCUAUGAUGACGUUUACUACAGCAACAAGCACUACGCGCGGGUGGGGGGUGUACGUACACCCGAACUUAACCUCUUGGAAGCUCAGUUUCUUUCUCUCAUUUCUUUUCAUCUUUUUGUUUCUCCAGAAGAAUACAACAGGUACAGAACGAAUGUGAUGGCAGCAGCACUGAGUGCUUCGCUGCAGCUGCAGCAGCGCGCGCUGCCGCGGCGGCUGCAGCAGCAGCAGCAGCAGCAGCUGCAGCAGCUGCAGCAGCAGCUGCAGCUGCAGCAGCAGCAGCACAGGCAGCAGCGACAGACACACGCCCACUUCCACCACCACAACGAACUCCACAAACACCACCACCACCACCAACACCAGCAGCAGCAGCUGCAGCAGCAGCAGCUGCAGCAGCAGCAGCUGCAGCAGCAGCAGCUGCAGCAGCAGCAGCUGCAGCAGCAGCAGCUGCAGCAGCUGCAGCUGCAGCACGCUGCUGCUGCGCACGACGCGCAGCGGCAGACGCCCCACGCCCGCGAACCCCCGAACCGCCACCAGCUGCAGCAGGAACGCGCCAAGCAGCAGCAGCAGCAGCAGCAGCAGCAGCAGCAGCAGCAGGAAGACGCGCCGGGAACAACGCGCGCAGCAGAGACCAGGCACCACGAGCAGCAGCUCCAGCACCUGCAGCAGCAGCAACUGCAGCAGCAGCAGCAGCAGCAGCAGCUCCAGCUGCAGCUGGCCAUGGUCACCUACGCAGGCGACCGCGACCCACACAGCCACCGCAGCAGCUGCAGCGACAGCAGCUGCAGCGGAGGCAGCAGCAGCUGCUGCUGCUGCUGCUGCAGCUGCGCGUGGCAGCAAAGCCAAGCAGACGGCAGCACUGUUGCUUCUUCGGGGGGCCUGCGGCUGAGCGAGUCCGUCGAGACGCCGAGCAGCAGCAGCAGCGCAGCAGCAGCAGCAGCAGCAACCACUCUUGUUGCAGCAGCAGCAGCCUGCGAAGACUCCCCACUUGCGGGCGAACCCGCCAGAGGCCGCAGCUUCCAGCAGCCCCAACUGCAGCAGCAGCAGCUCCAGCAGCAACACCUGCUGCAGCAGCAACAGUUGCAGCAGCAGCAGCUCCAGCAGCAGUUGCAGCAGCAGCAGUUGCAGCAGCAGCAGCUCCAGCAGCAACAGCUGCAGCAGCAACAGCUGCAGCAACAGCAGUUGCAGCAGCAGCUGCAGCAGCAGCAGCUGCAGCAACAGCAGCUGACCUUGCAAGCACACGCAUGUGGCAGCAGCAGCUGGUGUGUUGCCAGCAGCAGCUACGCCGAGCAGCACCAGAACACUGCAGCAGCCGGCGCAGCAGCAGCAGCAGCAGCAGCAGGGUACAGCGCGCACCCUCGACAUUUUGUGGUGCUUGGACAAGACCAACGGCAGCAGCAGCAGCAGCAGCAACAGCAGCAACAGCAGCAGCAGCAGCAGCAGCACUCAGGGGUGUGGGAUGCGCUCUGUCACCCAGAGGAGGACUGCUGCGCCCCUGCAGGCGAGCAGCAGCAAUAUGCAGCACUACUGGGGCAGCAGCAGCAGCAGCAGCAGCAGCAGCACUAUUGCCAGAACGGGCUGCAGCAACGGCUGCAGCUGCAACUGGCGCAGCAUUUGCAGCAGCAGCAGCAGCUGCUGCAGCUGCGGCUGCAGUCGCGGGAGCACCGCUGCCAGGCAGUCAGUGCCCGGCCCCGGCGCAUCGUGCGUGCUGCUGCUGCUGCUGCUGUUGCUGCUGCUGCUGCUGCUGCUGCUAAUGGGUCUUACUCUGUUUCUGAGGAAGACACACCUCUGGGGGCUCCAGCAAAAAGGCGAGGAGACACAAAGAGCAGCAGCGCAGCAGCAUGUGUGAGGAGCUCCGAGUGCCUCUGCAGCAGGGACGCAGCAGCAGCAGCAGCAGCUGCUGCUGCUGCUGCUGCUGCAGGCAGCAGCGCAACCAGCAGCAGCGGGGGUGGAGCUGGUGCUUCGAAUGCAGCGGCAGCAGCAGCAGGAAGGGCCGGCGGAUCCUUCUUGUCGGGCCCCGCAGCAAAGCCGAGCUUGUCUUGCAGCAGCAGCAGCAGCAGCAGCAGCAGCUGCUGCUGCUCCACAGUCUCCCCCUCAAUGGGGCAUGCAACUGGCAGCACUUGCUGCGCCUCUGAGGCUCCUUCGCCCACUUCCCCAGCCUGUUACACUUCGCCGCAGGAGCAGCAGUUUGCUGCUGCGCAGCCAGCAGCAGCAGCAGCAGCAGCAGCAGCAGCAGACGGGGAGGGCUGCAGCGGCGACGACGCCUUCACCCAGAGACUGAUCACUCGCCUGCAGCAGCAGCAGCAGCAGCAACGGUCUUUGUUCCUGCAGCAGCAGCAGCAGCAGCAGCGAGCCCUCAUGCGUUUGCAAUUUCCAGGGGCCACGGCCUCCCACACGCAGCAGCAGCCGCAGCAGCAGCAGCAGCAGCAGCAGCAGCAGCAGCAGGCUCUCGCAGAUCCUUGCGCCACAGCAACAGAAGCUGGGUACUGCAGCAGCUCUUUGAGGGACCAACGGCUGCUGACGGUUUUGCAGCAGGCGCAGCAGCAGCAGCAGCAGCAGCAGCAGCAGCAGCAGCAGCAGCAGUUGCUAGUGCCGCAGCAGUUGCUGCGGCAGCAGAUUGCGCGUGAACAACGUUUUAAGCAGCAGCAGCUCCAGAGGAGCUGGUGCCACCGUGUCGCCGGACAGCAGCAGCAGCAGCAGCUGCUGCAGCAGCAAGAGCUCCGGCAGCACCCGCUGCAGCAGCAGCAGCUGCAGCAGCAGACCCGCCCAGUGCUUUUGGGCGGCGCAGACCCCAGCGGCAGUGUGGGUAUUUCAGCAGCAAAAGCAGCAGCAGCAGCAGCAGCAGCAGCUGCUGCUGCUGCUACUAAAUCAAACGAUUCGUAUCAGUCUGCUUCCUCUCCCAGGAACUGCGGCGCGUAG